CCCUACACUUUCUCUCUCUUCAAAAUUUUAUUCCAAAAUUUCAGUUCAAAUCAAAGCAAUGAGAAAUCAAUGGCGUCUUCUUCUUCUCCGUAAUCAAAUUCACCAUUUUCACUCAUCACCCAACAUCUCAAGAUCUCUCUCUCUCCUCCAGGUAAGCUCCAAACACACUUCUUCUUUUUCUCUCUCCUCUUUUCUUCCUCAUCUUACUUCCUCAAAUUCAUCAUUUAACUCUCAUUAUCAACACCCUUUUACUCGUCAUUUUUCUUCCAUUCAUGAAAAAUCCCCCGAAUGUUUAAUCUUAACUCAAAUUUUCAGUAAACCCAUUAAUAUUGAUGAGAUUAAGGAUGAAUUGGGUGCUAAUAAUGUUGUUUUUAGCCGUGAUUUAGUUGUGGAUGUGCUUAGAGAUCUGAACUCUGACCCUAAAACUGCAAUUAGGAUUUUUGAUUGGGUUUCGGAGAGAGAGAGUGAGAAUUUGAGCUCCAAAGCUUAUAAUUUUAUGCUAGGGAUUCUGGGUAGUAAUGGGUUUGUUAAGGAAUUUUGGGAUAUGGUUGAUUUGAUGAGGAAAAAAGGUUAUGGGGUUAGAAAAGGUGCAUUUGAUAAGGUAUUGGAGAGAUUUGAGAAGGAUGGUUUGCAAGAUGAUGUGGAGAAGUUGAAGGGAUUGUACUCAAAGGAUUUGAAUUCGUCGGUCGAAAUGGCGUGUUCUAGGAUUAGUAGGAUUGUUGGGAGGGGAGCUUGGGAUGAGAAUGUUGAGAAGGAACUGAAUGAAUUAGGGGUUAAUUAUACUAGUGAAUUGGUAAAAAUGGUGUUGGAGAAGCUUAGUGAAGAGCCGACGAAAGGGUUGAUCUUUUUCAGGUGGGUGGAGGAGAGUGGUUUGUUUAAACAUGAUCAUCGAACUUAUAAUGCAAUGGCCUCCGUUUUGGGCCGAGAGGAUUGUCUUGAUAGGUUUUGGAGUGUCAUUGAGGGUAUGAGAAAUGCAGGGCAUGAUAUGGAGAUUGGGACUUAUGUUAAGGUCUUGGAAAGGUUUAUUAAGAAAAGACUAGUGAAGGAUUCGGUUAGCCUAUAUGAGUUUGCUAUCAAUGGGGUGAGCAAGCCUUCUCGACAAGAUUGCACGCUUCUCCUGAAGAAAAUCGCGUCUGCCAAGCACUUUGACAUGAAAUUGUUUUGUAGAGUUGUGAAGGCUUUUACAGAAAAUGGUUUUGCAUUGGAAGAUUCAAUGUUGGAUGCUGUUCUCAAAUCUUUGACUAGUGUUGGUAGGAUGAAGAUGUAUAAUAAGGUCUUAGAUGCUAUGGUUGAAGGUGGGUAUAAACCUAGUGAGGCUAUGCAAGGUAGGGUUGCAUUUGAUCUUAGUAGUUCUAGAAUGAAAGAUGAAGCGAACGAGUUUAUGGAGAAACUAGACAACUACGGAAUGACCCUUGAUUUCAAAACAUGGACAUCUUUGAUUGAAGGGCAUUGUGUAGGUGGUGAUCUUGAGAAAGCAAGAGUCUCUUUUGAAAAGAUGAUUGAAAAAGAGGGAGCUUCUUCUGCAGGAUACGCUCUUGAUUUUUUGGUAAAUGCAUACUGCAACAGAGGCCGAGCUUCUGAAGCUUGCAAGACUCUCUCUGAUCUUGUGAGCAAAGGUUUAGAGCCGCAGCAUACUACAUAUAAGACACUAAUAAGCAACCUUCUGGUUCAGAAGGGCUUCCAAGAAGCUUGUAGUCUACUUGGUUUGAUGAAGAAUCACGGGUUUCCUCCUUUUUUGGAUCCAUUCAUAGCUUACCUUGUGAAGAGAGGAACUCCAGAGGAGGCCAUGCUGUUUUUUAAGGCUAUGACAGUGAACAGGUUUCCGUCUACCAAUGUUUUCAUUAGAGUAUUCGAAGCAUUUUUUGAGGCCGGAAGACAUAAAAAAGCUCAAAAUCUGCUGGCCAUAUGUCCACAAUAUAUUCGAAACCAUGCCGAUGUUCUGAAUCUCUUUUGUUCAAAGAAGCUUGAGAAACCUGCCAAACCAGUUGCAGUGACUGCAUAAUCUUGGUGAAACUGUAUUUUGGUUAUAUGUUGUGAAUUUUUCUAUAUUACUAGCAAAUUUUUCCAAAUUUUGCAGUGUAGUUCGUGUUCACUUCUUGUUGAUUAUCGGACCUGAGACAAUGGUACACAUUUGCAAUAAAAUACUCCAUUUCCUAGA